AUGGCAUCGACAGACUUGCACGAUCCCGACGCGUAUGUCCGAAACGGGCAAUACGAUGUCGAUCGCCACUGGCGCGAUCUCGUCCGCCAGCGCCGUCUCUACACGGCGUUGAGCCUGGGCAUCCUGUUCGUUGCGCUGUUCGCGUCGCUAUGGUUCGCCAACCAGACCAAUGCAGGCAAGUUCUUCGACCGGCUGCCGCACUUCUUCGACUUUGCCGGCGGCAUGAUCCCGCGCGACGGCUGGGAGGUGUGGCGGGCGCUGUUCGAUCUUGAGAGCCCCUAUUAUGACGGCUCGUUCAAAUAUGAUUAUCCCGAUGGCCGCGUCUAUUUCUGGGGCACCUGGUACGUCCCCGAAUACAUCCACAAGAUGGUCGAGACGCUCAACAUCGCCAUCCUGUCGACCCUGAUCGGCUUCAUCUUCGGCUUCCUUCUCUGCUUUCUGGCCGCCACCAACCUGACCACGACCCGCUGGCUGCGCUUUGUCGUGCGCCGCUUCAUGGAGUUCCUGCGCGCCUUCCCGGAGAUCGUCAUCGCCGGCUUCUUCCUUGCCAUCUUCUCGCUUGGCCCGGUGUCGGCGAUCAUCGCCGUGUCGAUCCACACGAUCGGCGCGCUGGGCAAGAUGUUCUUCGAGGUGGUCGAAAACGCCGACAUGAAACCCGAUGAGGGCCUGCGGGCGGUCGGCGCCAACUGGACCGAACGCGUCUGGUUCGGCAUCGUGCCGCAGAUCAUGCCGAACUUCCUCAGCUACACGCUGCUGCGGCUUGAGAUCAAUGUGCGCGCCUCCACCAUCAUCGGUGCGGUGGGCGCGGGCGGCAUUGGCGAGGUGCUGCGCCUGUCGAUCAGCCGCGGCCACGAGGCCAAGACGCUGGCGAUCAUACUCCUUCUUUUCGUCACCAUCGUCGCCGUCGAUCAGCUUUCGGCCUGGCUGCGCCGCAAGAUCGUCGGCGACCAGGCCUUCCAGUUCGGCGCUUAG